AUGAAUGGACAAGCGGCAGAGAGUGGUGGCGGUGGUUCCAUCAACAUCACACAACUUCCACUUGAGCAGCUGGAGGAACUGAGAAAACAGCUGCAAGCGGAUGUUAACAACCUGUCGGUUGCCCACGAAAGCCUUCUCAGUGCACAAAGUCGCUUUUUAAGCAAUUGCGACGUGUUGUCGGAGUACCAAAAGGUCUGCGAGGCGGCCCGCGCAAGUCCGGAGAAACAGCCGGAGGCUCUUCUCUGCAUCAGUAGUGCCCUUUAUGCGAGUGGCCGCAUCGUACCGAGCGAUCGCGUGCUGGUGGACGUUGGAACGGACUACUUUUUGGAGAAGUCGAUGGGGUCCGCUAGGUCGUACUUCGCUGGCCGCUCCGACGCGGUGCGGGAAAAUAUUGAGGCGCUGGAGCAGAAAAUACGGGUGAAGCGGGCACAACUUGCGCAGGUGGUGGACACCAUGCGUGGAAAGCAGACGGCGUUGCAGCAGACAUCCGCGGCAUGA